GAGAAGAUAGUGAUACAGAGAGAAAGAGAGUAAGAGAGAGGAAGGGCGUUCGCAAUUUAAACAUAACCUCAAUUUCUAUCACGAUUUGACAGUGCUCACGACAUAUAUCAAUAAAAUUUGUUCUAAUAAUUUAUAAUUAAUUUAGAUAGAUAAUAUUUGGUGAUCAAAUUAUAGAAUACUAUAAGAAAAAAAUAAAAAGUGAAAUAUUUGCAUAUUUCCAAUGCAAUAGAAAAUAACGAAUGCUUUGAUAUUCACUUAUAGUUAUCAUUAUUAGUUAUUUAUUUUGAAAAUUCUUCACAUGGCACCAUUAACGGAUUUAAUUUCCUGCAGUGUGAUAGAGAAAGAUUGUAAUGGAGAUGUUUUGUGGACAUGGUCGUAUCCAUCGGUUACGGAAUCACAAAAAAUUGCAGUCACGAGAAAAUGUAAUUUGAAAUUGGAACAUUCAUCUCCUCAUACAUUUGUAUGUGCAAGACAUGGUCAUGACUGGUUCUAUAUACAUUGCAGCGAAGUAUUUGAUUCUGACAAACUACCAAAGGUAAAACAGUUUGCACUAGUUCUUUUCGCAAAAGAUUUUAAUCUGCAAAAGUAUGAAGUGCUUUCGCGAGUCCUCAGCAAAAUGUAUUGCAAAACUGGGAAGCCUACGGAGAUCCUACAGUUGUACCUAUCUGUAUUCACGAAGGGAUCAUGUUCGACACAGGAAAAUGGAACGUUCGUCUCCGAUGAUUUUAAUACUCAUCGUUUUGCAGCUAGUACCAAUGUCAAAGAACUGAUUAAAACAUUUGAAUUAGAAACAAUUUUGAUAUAUACUGCCUUGUUAUUGAAAAAAAUUAUUGUAUAUCAUCACAGCUUGGAACAGCUUUUUAAAUGGAUAAGAACAUUUCCUGCGUUGAUGAAGCACAGGAAAAUUACUGACAAUCUCUUUCCCUGGAUUGAUUUGGUAAAUGAUGAAUUAAUCGAAUUAAAGAAAUAUUCGCACUACGUGGCAGGUUGCAACAAUAGCUCGAUAUCAUCCAGAAUAGAUUUAUAUGAUUUACUUGUGAACAUUCCUGCUAGAGAAAUUACUGUAGCACCGCAUGCGAAAGAGAGUCUCACAAUGACGAAAACUCACAAGGAAAUAGCCUUGUUUAUGAUUCAGUUGUGCGAAAAUCAAAACUAUACGGAAGCACAGAUUAUAUCUGAAAUAAGCGACAAAACGCAAGACCUUCUAAAUCAAUUGACUUCGUUAGCGACAGUACAGGCUCCAGAUGGCAAAAGAAUGAUCUCCAUCGAAAUAUUUAGAGAGAAAAACUUAGCACCGGCUGUAGAAAGUUUUCUUAUUAAUUUAGCUAUUGCUGAAAAUCUCUUUAUGUUAUGAUAAUAUAUUUCACAAGCCAAAGUCUUUAAAUGCAUUAAGAUAUAGAAUGAGAAAU